CAAGGUUUGUCAUUCAUACAAUUAGUCCUGAUAUAUAUUUGGUUUGGUGCUAAAAUACAUUAAUUGAGUUUGAGAAUAAAAUUUUGCUAAAUGUUUCAUCUGAGAAGUCAUCAUUUGGUGCUACUAUUUAGAUCUGAUCAAUUUUUACAAAAUGUUGAUCUACACUCUUGCACCUGGUGUGUAACUGGAUGCAGAGUUUCAUGUUUAUGAUUAUGAAUUAACUUUCUCCUCAAUUAACAUAUUUUUUCCCCAAUAGAGUGCUUUAAGAGAUGGCGGAAAGUGAGGAUAUUCAGCCUCUCGUGUGUGACAAUGGAACAGGAAUGGUUAAGGCUGGAUUUGCUGGAGAUGAUGCUCCAAGAGCCGUCUUCCCCAGCAUUGUGGGACGUCCUCGACACACUGGUGUAAUGGUUGGCAUGGGCCAAAAGGAUGCCUAUGUUGGAGACGAGGCUCAAUCGAAGAGAGGUAUUUUGACAUUGAAGUACCCAAUUGAGCAUGGAAUUGUCAGCAAUUGGGAUGAUAUGGAGAAAAUUUGGCAUCAUACAUUCUACAACGAACUUCGUGUGGCUCCAGAAGAGCAUCCAAUUCUCUUGACAGAAGCUCCUCUCAAUCCCAAGGCUAAUCGUGAAAAAAUGACUCAAAUCAUGUUCGAGACCUUUAAUGCCCCUGCCAUGUAUGUUGCCAUCCAGGCCGUUCUUUCCCUAUAUGCCAGUGGUCGCACAACUGGAAUUGUUCUUGACUCUGGGGAUGGUGUAAGCCAUACAGUACCUAUCUAUGAAGGUUAUGCCCUUCCCCAUGCCAUCCUGCGUCUAGAUCUGGCUGGUCGUGACCUCACAGAUAACCUCAUGAAAAUACUGACUGAGAGAGGAUACUCUUUCACCACAUCAGCCGAGCGUGAAAUAGUAAGGGACAUAAAAGAGAAGCUUGCCUACAUUGCUCUUGAUUACGAACAAGAAUUGGAAACAAUGAAGACAAGCUCAUCUGUGGAGAAGAACUAUGAACUACCUGAUGGACAGGUAAUCACUAUUGGUGCUGAGCGAUUUCGUUGCCCAGAAGUCCUCUUCCAGCCAUCGAUGAUUGGGAUGGAAUCUGCUGGAAUACACGAAACCACUUACAAUUCUCUCAUGAAGUGUGAUGUUGAUAUUAGAAAGGAUUUAUAUGGUAACAUUGUCCUCAGUGGUGGUUCGACGAUGUUCACGGGAAUUGCUGAUAGGAUGAGCAAGGAGAUUACGGCAUUAGCUCCAAGCAGCAUGAAGAUCAAGGUGGUUGCUCCACCUGAGAGGAAGUACAGUGUGUGGAUUGGAGGUUCCAUUCUGGCCUCUCUCAGUACAUUCCAGCAGAUGUGGAUAGCAAAGGCAGAGUACGACGAGUCUGGGCCGUCGAUUGUUCACAGGAAAUGCUUCUAAAAAAUACGUGCUUGAAGAUAGAUAAUUCAAAAAUAUAUAGACCGCAUUAUGAAAGACUCACAUCAUCAGAUAUCUGAAAAUGCUCCUGCUCAUUCGUAUUUCCUUAUUUUAUUUGUUCUCGUUCUUUUUCCUGGGUAUUUCCUGUUUGUGAUUUAAAGGAGGACAUGGAAACAAGAUUGUCCUGUCAAUUAUUCAUUUUUUGCCCUUUCGAUAUCUCCUUGUAGAAAUGCUUUAAAUGGUGUCUCAAGAUUUCGACCAUUGAAUAAAGGGCUCCUCACUCUUCUUGUGUA